UACACGCACGCACGCGCGCACCUCUCUCCAGCUCUUACCCAGUCCCUGACAGUUGAAGUUUGGAGUUUGGCUUAACAUUUUGACUCUGGUUUUAGGAGACAGUUUCUUCCCUAGAGUUGCUGGGGCCACCACCACAGUCAUAGCACCGCAUGCGGUGUCCUGGCAGGAAAAAAGAGGUGUGUUCUGACUCCUGACUCGGGGUGCAGAUCACUUUCUCCCAGACUGCCGAGCUGGUUCUGCCAUGGGCCCCUCCAGCGCCUUUCUCGGCAUCCUGUUCUUCUCUGGGGCACUGGGUCUCACCACCUCCCCAACCAGAGGACGACUCCACUGCUACACCUGCGGCUUUGCUAAGCCCUGCUACCCUGUCCCCACAGAGUGCCAGGAAGAUGAGGUGUGCGGCAUCAGUGUUGGCACCUCAGACCAGAAGGAAGAGGUCAUCGAGCGGAGAGGCUGCCUCCCUAGGGCCCACUGCCCCCUGCUGGGCCGUGCCACCUACUGGUCACAGCCCUAUGCUCUCCGGCACCAGUGCUGUGAGCAGGACCUGUGCAACGCGGCCGCCUCCCUGCCGGGACUCCCACGCCUGUCCCUCACCACCCUGUCACUUCUUGCAGCCAUCUUCGCCUGGGGAGUCCAUAUCUUCCUCUAGCCCGUGAGCCCAUGUCAGCCCAGGACUCCGAUGUUAUCGUGGACCUGGAAACAUCUGCACAGAUGUUUUUGAGGCAUGCUCAAGAAUGUGACUUUGCAUAAAAGGCCCUGGCCCUUGAGGGUUUUUAUACCAACAUCUCUACAGACCCCCUCCUAAGACCUGAUUCCUACAGCUGGAGUUUCCCAUCCCAGCACGCAUGUGUCCAGAACCUCGCCUCAUAAGAAACCCCCGCUGUCUUUUCUCUCGGUGUCCCAGGUCAGCUACCCUGAAGGAGCCGUGGGUCCCAGGUAAAGGGACAGAAGUGGCCUGGGACUGGUGAGGGGUAGAGUGCUGCUAGCAAAGACGUAACUGAGUAUCUGAGGGUCUCAAGAAUGGAAGGCUGCCUUGGGGAACCAUAAAGAGUAGAUUUAGCAAUAGGGCUAUUGGGUGGAGAUGUAGCUCAGUGAUAGAGUGCUUGCCGACCAUACACAAGGCCCUGGGUUCAAUCCCCUACACCACCAGAACAAACAAAUAAAUAAAAUGUAAAAAUA